UCGCUAGUCACAUGACAAAAAUAUGGCCGCCGUCAAAUAUAAUAACAGUUAAUAAAUGUACAGUAUACCUUAAAAGCAAGCAAUGACAGGUGUUCUCAACUACAGACCCGUAUUUUUAUUUAUUAGCUUAAUUGUAAUUGUCCAGUCUAAUCUUUAUAAAGUGGUCCUAGAGAGAGCGGAGUCAAGAAGAUACGACGGCAUCGGCGGGUUGAGUGGCGGUGGAGCUACAUCGAAGCUACUGGUCAACUAUCCCCAGCAGCAGAGAGAUCAAAUCCUAGACUACCUCUUUAAACCUGGGUUUGGCGCAUCUCUGAGCAUUCUAAAGGUUGAGAUUGGUGGCGAUGCACAAAGCACAGAUGGUACGGAGGCAUCCCACAUGCACUACCCCUGGGAUGAGAACUACCAGCGCGGCUAUGAGUGGUGGCUCAUGACAGAAGCAAAGAAGAGAAACCCAGACAUCUUCCUGUACUGCUUGCCAUGGGCAUUCCCUGCGUGGGUCGGGGCGGGAAAACGGGACCCAUACCACAAGCCAGAGCUUACGGCCACCUAUGUGAUCAAAUACAUACAGGGAGCUAGAAAAUACUACAACCUUACGAUGGACUAUGUCGGGAUAUGGAAUGAAAGAGCUUAUAAUUCAAAUUAUAUCAAGACCCUGAGGCGUAUGUUGGACGAAGCAGGACUGAAUCAAACUAAGAUUGUGGCUGCUGACGGUCUCUGGGAGCCAAUAGCGACUGACAUUCUUCUCGAUAAAGAGCUUGCCAACGCUGUUGACAUCAUCGGUGUCCACUACCCUGGUACCAAGACAACCCAGCUUGCUCUGGACACAGGGAAACCCCUGUGGUCAUCGGAGGACUACAGCACCUUCAACGACAAUGUGGGUGCAGGAUGCUGGGCUAGGAUCAUUAAUCAGAACUAUGUGGUGGGAAAUAUGACUAGCACCAUAUCAUGGAACCUGAUAGCGAGCUACUACGAAGCUCUGCCGUUCAAGCGUAACGGCCUAAUGACUGCGGACAGCCCAUGGAGUGGCUACUACAGGGUGGAUGCUCCCAUAUGGAUGACAGCCCACACUACCCAGUUUGCAUGGCCUGGCUGGUACUAUGCCCCCCAUGGGCACGGCUCCACCCUGCUCGAGGGUGGGGGCAGUAUGGUCUCCCUCAUCAGCUGGGAUAAUACGCAGAUAUCCAUCAUCAUUGAAACCAUGAGCCGUAACCACUCCAUCUGUGUCCGACCGUACCUGCCAGAGUAUGACGUGAAGCCACAGAACAUCACCAUACAGCUCUAUGACUACUUUGCCCAGCUAUCCAGCCUCAAUGUUCACUACAGCAAACUGGGGUUCGAUGGUAACGAGUCAACACUCUUCAAGGAUAUGGGAACUAUUCCUGUUGUGAAUGGGCAGGUCCAUUUAAGCAUUGGGGUUGAUGAGGUGUACACCCUACACACACUACAGGGAGGAACCAAGGGGAGCUACCCUAAUGUUCCAGACCCUAAACCCUUCCCCCUGCCAUACACUGACGACUUUGAAGUUUACAAAAUCUACAAGGAGCCCUUUAAUUUCUCGCCCCAAGUGGGCUCGUUCGAGGUUCUCCCGUCAGAAGAUGUGUUUCACACCCAGAUCCUUCGUCAGACGGUGAUUGAGAACCCGAUCUACUGGUGCCUAUUUAUAGAUCUUGUGUUUCCCAUUGGUCUCCUUGGAGAUUAUAGCUGGUCUGACAUCUACGUGGAAGUGGAUGCCAAGAUCGGCUUGGUGAAUGCCACGUCGGGGGUGUAUGUGGCCUCUCGCAUCAACAAGGGAGGCUGUAAUUCAUUCGCAGCAGAGGGCAUUUACUUCUUCAUCUUUCCAGGCCAGGGUAUACUUGUCACUGGGGACUUGGCAAGAACACAGAAGCUGUAUCAGAAGGACCUGUCUAUAAGUCAAAACAGAUGGUACAAGUUAGGACUUCUGAUAAAGGAUGGGACCGCCAUGGGGACUCUGGACGGUACCCAGGUGUUCACUAUUUCUGCCCCUGCCAGCCCCGCCCCACAGAAUGGGUUUGUAGGGCUGGGGACUGCAAACUAUGGGCUGGCUGACUUUGACAACCUGAAAAUCAUGGACAGCAAGGAUGGGGAGAACCUUGUCCGAGGGAGUAACACUUGGAAUAGAGUGACAAAUAAUGACAGAAAGGGAGAAAAUGUAGAAGAAGAAUUUAGAUUUGAGGUUGAAAUAACUGGAAAUGAAGAUACAUUACUUUUUGAGUCUUUUAAAGAUGCAAAUAAACAUUAGGAUUUGUUAUUCCUAUUUUUUGGAUUUUUUCAAAUAAAUUUAAUAUUCAAUUUUGGCAUUAAUUUAUUAUAACUGUGUGUGAUUUUUAUUGUCAUUACUUUAUUUAUUAACUUAUGUCAAUAACGAUAAUGAAAAUCAAACCUAGUCAUUUUGAUAUGGACAGUCUGUUUGAAUGAGUUGUUAUUUUAUGCAUAAUACUUACAUUUUCUAUACUGUAUUCAGAACUUGUAAUAGCAUGUUAUUCAUUUAGACAUGUUACGGUUUCUCUUACAAGAAUUAUGUUAGUAUUUAUUUGGUGUAUUAAAUUAUAUUUAAUGUAUACAAUUAAUUAUGUGAAAUAUUUAUUAAUUGUACAUGUGUACUUGGUACAUUCCAGAUUUUCUACAGAAAAACACACACUUACAGGAGCAUAUGUGGGUUAUGUAUAAUGUGCACAUAUAUUCAUAUGGGUUAUGAGUAAUGUACACAUAUAUUCAUGUGGGUUAUGUGUAAUGUACACAUAUAUUCAUGUGGGUUAUGUGUAAUGUACACAUAUAUUUAUGUGGGUAAUGUGUAAUGUACACAUAUAUUCAUGUGGGUUAUGUGUAAUGUACACAUAUAUCCAUGUGGCUUAUGUGUAUUUUCACGUAAAUUCAUGUUGGGUAUGUGUAAUGUACAAAUAUAUUAUUGUGGGUUAUGCAUUAUUUACACAUAUUCAUGUGGGUUAUAUGUAAUGUGCACAUAUAUUCAUGUGGGUUGUGUGUAAUGUGAACAUAUAUUUAUGUGGGUAAUGUGUAAUGUCCACAUAUAUUCAUGUGGGUUAUGUGUAAUGUCCACAUAUAUUCAUGUGGGUUAUGUGUAAUGUGCACAUAUAUUCAUGUGGGUUAUGUGUAAUGUGCACAUAUAUUCAUGUGGGUUAUGUGUAAUGUCCACAUAUAUUCAUGUGGGUUAUGUGUAAUGUACAUAUAUAUCCAUGUGGCUUAUGUGUAUUUUCACGUAAAUUCAUGUUGGGUAUGUGUUAUGUACAAAUAUAUUAUUGUGGGUUAUGCAUUAUUUACACAUAUUCAUGUGGGUAAUGUGUAAUGUUCACGUAUAUAUUCCCAGCUCUUGUAAAGUAUUAUUAUGAUAUACCAUAUUUUUAUAGCCCUUUUCAUAUAAUAAAUGUUCAAAAGUUUCAUGUAUUAGCUCUUAUGUUUUAUUUAAGAUAACAGGUUGCAGUAUUGUGGUAGCCUUGGUGAUGUUUACGGCUUUGUCGGCAUGCUAAAACAUAAACUUGGACACAACUCACAUAUCACUCUAGAUAUUUAAAUGAAACUUGGCAUACAUGUUGCCAAGGCACACACACAUAGCAAUGUCUAUAACUCUUGCCUUAGUUAUUGUCAAGUUUGGCCCUUUUGAUUUACUAUAAAUAACAAAGAAGUGUUGGUAUUCCCUCUACAGUUCACCUAUGCUUUGCAUUCCAUAUUUUUCAUUCCGACAGAAAUCCUGUGUAACUGGAAAUGUGGCGAGUUUAUUUCAUAAUUGUCUUUAUCAUAUGUAUGCAUGUAUGCUAAUUUUCAUAUCAAUAUGUUAUGCAGUACUUAUGUGUUUAUCAUUCGAAAUUAUCAAUGGCGCUGCUGUUAGAUUCAGGCUAAACAAAGUAGUACUAGCGUGUGUCCAGAUUUGAGGACAGAGGUUUGUCAUUUGCAUAGAACUUUUACUCUUUAGUGAGCCUGAUAUAUGGCAUAGCGCCAAGAAUUUAAUUAUAACUAUUUUUGAUUCCACGUGUAUAACUAAUGUAACACAUGUAAGCAGUUGGUGAACUCUAGGCAGAAAUUGAAUGCCAUUAAUUUGACCUAGUUUGUUUGAAAUGACACUAUAUAAGCGCUUAUAAUGCUCUGACAUGGUUAAGAUGUAUAACAUUAUAAGCCUGUGAUACAUUUAAAAAAUUCAAAUGCCAAUUUAGGUGCUAUUAUCAAGGAUUAUAAUUCUGCAAAAAGAAUGUGAUAUACACUUUAAUUAUGAACCAAAUAAAAUAUUUUAAGUUAA